AUGGAUCCGCAGAGCGUGGCCUUUGUUCCGCACAACGAUCCCUGGCGUCUGUGCAACGACUUGCUGCGCUUGCAGCAAGUCCAGGCCGACCAUACAGAUCGUCUGCUCCGUCUUGAACGCCGCCAGGACGACGACGCCAGGAUGAAGUCGGUCUGGGGAGCUACCUCGCCGUUUCCCAGUGUCCUGAGUGGUACUCCUCAACAUGCCCCCAUCCAUCUCAAAGAUUUCGACGAUGAGCCCGUCAAUCUGAUCGGCGGUUUACAUCUGGACCCGGAUGAGGAGCCUCGGCGCAUGGGUGCAACUUCCCGCGCAAACAGCGUACGAUUCGAUGAAUCUGCCAAUCAGGGCCAUUGGGCUCAUGCCUCGCGGUCAUCUAUCGACUUUCUCCCUCGUAGUGCAAGCAGCCUGGGUGGACUCGGGAUGACAGAACGCACCUCGUCACACAAGUCGGAUGGCCGAGCCAGUUCCGUACACUCGGUCAGAUCUGCUGCGUCGGGCCGCGCCAGUAGCAUCAAUCUAGAUACAGGUUACGCCUCCCCUCUAGAUACCCCAGCGAUCGCUCCUGGUGUCAUGAUUUUGGGCCCCGUCCCAGCGAUCGUGCGUUGCUGGCUAAACACGAACUUCAAGCACGAUGCAUUGCUAUAUGCUGCCGUCUCUACUGCCUCGUACAAAUCACAGAUAGACGAGCGUUUAGUGCGACAAUUGGGACUGGAGGACUGCAUAGUUGGUAAAGCCGCUGGUGGCAAACUACUCUCCCUUGCUGUCUACUUCGCCGAGGCCAUUCCUCAUCCGAAUCUGACGAGAUCAAGUAGUCCUGCGCCGCAGGUUCCAUCAGUCACGAUUGAUUUCAACAUAGUCGAUCUCGCACAAGACGAUAUCCAGUCUAGAGCGAUCCAAGUGGUCAUUGGCAGCGACGUGCUCCGUUCUCAUAACGCCGACAUACUGCUUUCAUCCAACAGCAUGACCAUUUUUGACGACGACCAAUGCAAGCUAUCGAUUCCUCUAGUUCGUCCAGAAAACGAGGCAACAUUCAAUUCUCUUUCCAUAUCAUCAUCAUCACAGGCAUCGACACGCCAGGUUAUGACGCAAGAAGAACACGCGCAGCUCAACGGACUAGGACAGACAAAUCCAAGUAGUCCUUCUAAUGAGAUGACAUACGUGACUGAAAGUGCGCCGAUGCCAACGGAUGAGAGCGUCCAGAGGCCAGUUGAACAACUCUUGCUUGAUGAGAGUGCUGGCCGUAGCAAGCAGCAACCAUUUGGCUCGAAACUGGUUCGAUUGGAGAACAAGGACUCUGCAAUUUCUGUACAAACCCAGACUCCUGACCCACCUGCGUCCUCACCAUCUAUCUGGAGCAAUUGGCGCCGAGAGACGUCUAGUCAGAACACUGGUGCAGAUGCGGGCGGCGCAGCGUCCAAAAUCAAAGAUAGUGGCUAUCAACGGCGAGAUGCUGGUAUCAAGGUGCUCAGACCCACGAGAACCAUCAGCCGUAGGUUGUCAAGUGGCUCAGUGGCAUCUUCUCCAGCCGGAGAUGGAAGAUCACGCUACUUUGAUGAAGGGAGGAAAAGGGGCCCAGACGCUGGUGCGGGAGGAGAAAAGUCGUUGGGUCGCGCAGGAAUGGGAGACGAUCAAGCUGAAAUGGCGACGAGUAAAACAAGGAGCAAUCCGGCAGGCGGAGGGUCUGCUUUCUCGUGGCUACACCCCAGCAACAAGACAGAUGUGACAGUGUUCAGCACACGGAGAGGUUGUAACAAAGAUUGUGGCACUCGUCAAGCCACACCCCAGGAAGUUGCAGAUCCAAAAAUCCUACGUCAGGAGCGAAGCCGCUUGAAAUUCCGCAAUUCAAUCACCGCAAAACAACCUAGACCAGGUAGCAAUUCUCGCGGAGCGUCUUGUCGCUGCAUUACAGUCCCUCUCUUUAUAUCCACCGAGCUGCCCUUCAGCGGCGGCUCACCCAUCGUCAAGACGGCGUCCUCAAAGAAGCAGAAAGUCGCCCACUCUGCCGCAGACAGUCCGAGACACGCAUACCAUCACUCUGCGCAUGACCCUGACCGCCAACCAUCAUCGCCGCACUCUUCGUCGUCCCCUUCGCCUUCCAGCAAUACAGCAGCUCACACUCCUUCGUCACCGCCACGCUACAUCCCUCCCCAUUUACACGUCGACUCGCGAGGUAGUUCACCGAGCGACGCCUACGCCCAGCUGAACCUGACCGAAGACAUGUCCCACCCCAAUGGUCACAGGGACAUGGACUCUCCCAAUCCGCCCCAACGGCCUGCCUCGCCUGCAAAACGUUCUGCCGCUACAAUGGAAGGCAUUGAGUCUUCUCAGCACGACAGUGCCCAGCCAAACGUGCCAACAGAUGACCCUCCGCCGUACGAUGCCCACCAAGAGGAUGCCCUCGCAUCGACUAUACCAAGUGUGGAAGAGCAGGUCGCACACAUUCAAUCUUUACUUAACACGCCUGUGGAGGAUGGUUCCACAGGCUUCAUCGUAGCUUCCAAGUGGUUCAACCGCGUUGUGGCCAAGACGGCAGACGCAAACCAGAAAAACUUUGACUCCGACAUGUUGGAAGGAGAGGUUGGCAAGAUUGACAACUCUUCUCUCGUGGCUCCGGGUGCUUUCGACAACCCUCUCGCGUUUGUGGGCAAGCCCGAUCUUGCCUUCAUACCACUCCUCGCCAGUGUGGAAAGAGCUGCCGACUACGAGAUCUUCACCGAAGAAGCAUGGAACCAGGUCGUCACAUGGUAUGGCAUUACAGAAGGACACAAACCGAUUGUACGCCUUGCACACAACUCUGCACCAGAGGGUUCAACCUCGUCACACAUCGUGUACGAACUGAGUCCCCCUAUUUUCACCAUACGCAAGGUGCCAGCUCAUUCUCAACCUGCCCAGGCCGAUAUUGCCGCUGCUUCACUGGUCGCUUCACGCACCGAGCGCUUUCAAACUUUCCUCGCCCACGCGAAGGAAGCUGCGGGUAUUCCUAUGCAACGCAAGGUCAAGAUCUUCAGACAGCUGGAUCCCACGAAGGUUUCUGGUGACAUGCCAACCCUUGCUCAACCAGGCAUCCCAAGCCCUCCAACCUCACGAGCCUCCUCACCUUCGCUCACGACCUCGUCCAAGCUUGUAAUUGACGCCGCAACCUUUGCCAAGUGGAUAGACGGAACCAAUUUUGAGCCUACUGAUGGUCAGGAUCACACCGCAAAUGAGAAGUACAACGGCAGGAUGACGCUCGAAACACUCGGGUUUGUCGCAGAACAAACUCUCGUUCUUGAAGAGCAACAACGUGGAGCAGCUGCGGCCGACUUCGCUUCGGAUACGGCCAAAAAACAGAAGAAGACCAGCUCGCAGCUGUCGCAAACCACAAAUACCAGUAGACAGUCCAGUCCUGCCCCUACAGCACAAGUCACUCGCGGAAGGACUCGCAAAGAUGGCAAAACCCGUGGUGCUAUUGGUCUCGUCAAUCUUGGUAACACGUGCUACAUGAACUCGGCUCUGCAAUGCAUAAGCAGAGUCGAAGAGCUCGCUGUCUAUUUCCUUCAUCAGAAGCACAAGCCUGAAAUCAACGCCGACAACCCGCUCGGCUAUAACGGCAGGAUCGCAAAUGCCUAUGCGAAUCUCCUGGCCGGCCUCUACAAUGACACCACCGCCUCUGCUUUUCGACCAAACGGAUUCAAGGGUGCCCUCUCCAUGGCACAGCCCAUGUUUUCAGGUUAUGGCCAACAAGACUCGCAAGAAUUCCUGAGUUUCCUAGUCGAUGCUCUGCACGAAGAUCUCAACCGCAUUCAGAAGAAGCCAUACAUCGAAAACCCUGAUUCAGACGACAAGACCGUCCAUGAUCCGGCAGCCAUCAGGCAGCUCGGUGACACAUACAGAGCAAACCAUCACGCUCGCAAUGACUCCAUCGCUAUGGAUCUCUUCAACGGAUUCUACAAGAACACCAUGGUGUGUCCUGACUGCGACAAAGUUAGUGUGACCUUUGACCCUUACUCCCUUCUGACUCUACAGCUGCCUAUCGAGAACACUUGGCAAGGCAAGAUUAUGUUUAUGCCUGUUACUGGAUAUCCUUCCGCUUUCGAGAUUGACGUUGAAAAGAACAUAUCCAUCAAGGCACUGAAAGACAUUUUUGUUACCAAGAUAGGGCGUGGACUGACUCGUGAAAGACUCAUCCUUGCUGAGAUGUUCAGUCAUCGCUUCUACAAAAUUGCCUUCGACAGUCAAACCCUCUCUGAGCUCGACUUUUCGCCCAAUGAUGUUCUCUGUAUGUACGAACUCGCUGAAGUGCCGACAAACGCAGCAUUCAUGCCGAAGAAACAAACGAGCUAUCGUUCGUUCUACAAUGAUUCGUCAGACGAUGCUCUACCGGGAAUGGACUCGCCCUUGGCAGAGACCAUGGCGAUCCCCGUCUUUCACUCUAAGCUAGACAAGCGCUCGUCAAAUCUCGCUUUGAACCCAACUCUUGUUGUCGUCACGAGAGAAGAAGCCAAGAGCUAUGAUGCUAUAUUGAAGCGAGUGCUCACUUCUAUCGCUCCCAUGACGACAAAGCGUCUUCCUGAAGACGUUCUAAGCAAGGAAGACGGUGACGUUGCAUCCGAGGACAUUCGGUCCGAUCAAGAUGCCGAUGUUGAUGUAUCUAUGCGUGAUGGGAGCCAGACGCCCGCCAAGCAGCAAUCAGACGCCCUGCAGUCUGGAGACUUCAUUUCCCCUGAGCUUAGAAACAUGUUUGAGCUCAAGUAUGUUCAAUCUUCAGGAGACAUGUUCAUGACAGGUACCAAUAGCAUUGGUAAUGGCCUACCCAUGCAGGAUCGUGUACGGAAUGUGGAUCGUCGUAGAGGAAGUACUGCUUCAUCAACAUCGAACACCUCCAGCAGAAGCAAGGACUCUGGUUACGAUGGUCAGGGCAGGAGCUCACCGAGCAGCGACGCCGACCCAAUGAUAGAGUCAUUCAAGGUCAAUGGCCAGAGCACAUUCUCUGGUGAUGUACAGAGUGACGAGGAAUCAGGCAUGGCUUCUCUCGAACAGCUGUCAGCCAAGGACACCCGCAGACGUAAGUUCCAAAACAAGAGGGCGAACAAGACGUAUUCGCGCAAAGCCAGUCGUCUUCUUGGCAAGAAAAACUUAGCGCUCGACGAGUCUACAGACGAUGACGAGUUCUACAUCCGACUUGGCGAGGGAAUCGUAAUAGAGUGGAAUGAAGAUGCCUUCGAAUUUUUGUUCGGGGGAAGCAACGGCAAUGGUCAAUUCACAUUUAACGAGAAAGACGUACCUGUGGUAGACGACAACGAGCUUCAGGUACGAAGGACCAAGCGUAUGCAGCGCAAAAAGAAUGGCAUCACUCUUGAUGACUGCUUCACGGAAACCGGCAAGACCGAAGUCCUGUCGGAGGACAACGCGUGGUACUGCAGCAGAUGCAAAGAAUUACGCCGUGCCAGCAAGACAUUGGAACUUUGGACCGUACCCGAUAUCCUCGUCGUCCAUCUCAAGCGUUUCAGCGGCGAACGCUUCCGCCGCGACAAGGUCGAUGUUCUCGUUGACUUCCCCAUCGAAGGACUCGACUUGACAAAGAGAAUUGGUUGCAAAGAGGAGGGGAAAGAGUACGUCUACGAUUUGUUUGCUGUAGACAACCAUUAUGGCGGUCUUGGUGGUGGCCAUUACACGGCAUACGCCAAGAACUUCUAUGACAGCAACUGGUAUGACUACAACGUAGACUCCUCCGUCAGCCGACAAAAUGCGGAAGGCGUUGUAUCGACAGCGGCGUACUUGCUCUUCUACCGCCGUCGUUCGCCGACACCUCUGGGUCCCCCAUACUUGCAAGAGCUGGUGCUCAAGUCACGCAACCCCGACGAAGCCUCGGAGACAGAGGAUGAAUCGGGGGAAGGCCAGCGUCUCGGCGACCACUCUUCAGCUUCCUUUCGCCUGCCUGGGUCAUUGAACGUUGGGGCAGUCGGAGCAGGAGCCGCCAGCACCGGGACGCCUCAGCAGGGAGCCAACGUCGAUGGCUCUGGCAGAGGAGUGAGCCAGGAAGUGAGAUUGAUGAGUAAUGUCGACGAUGACGAGGGCAUCUCUUUGAACGACGACCUCUACAACAGCAACAACAACAUGACUGCCGCCCAGCUCGCCAACGAAACCUCUUGGGGAUUCGAAAACUUGGGUGAAGACGAUAACACGACUUCAGUCAACACACCCGUCGACACGGCCUCGGAUCGGCCCGAGAUUGGUUCCGACCUGGAGGAUCGAUUCAUGGAUACGGAGCACGAAGACGACGACGAACGAGAUCAGCAGGGCACGUUUGACGAUGAAAGUCUUCCGCCAUUGAUUGACGAUGACGAGAAUAUGGACACGGAAGAUCAGGAGCAUCUCAGCGGGCCAGCCUCGAGCGUCCACCAAGACGAGUAG